AUGUCCCCUUUCCGCAGUCUCUUGCCUUACCCGCGUGUGCUCCUAUCGCCUCCCGGUUCUCGUUCGCCUGUCGCUGUCCCGCGCGUGCUCCUCUCGCCUCCCCGCGCGCUCCUAUCGCCUCCCCGCGCUGCCUCCUCUCGCCUCCCCGCGCGGCCUCCUCUCGCCUCCCCUCGCGCGCUCCUAUCGCCUCCCCGCGCGGCCUCCUAUCGCCUCCCCGCGCGUGCUCCUCUCGCCUCUCCGCGCGUGGUCCUCUCGCCUCCCCGCUCGCUCCUUUCGCCUCCCCGCGCGACCUCCUCUCGCCUCCCCGCGCAGCCUUCUCUCUCCUCCCCGCGCGGCCUCCUCUCGCCUCCCCUCAUUUUCCGCCUUGCACGCCCUCAUUUUCCCCCUUGCACGCCCUCGUUUUCCCCCUGCACGCCCUCAUUUCCCCCCUUGCACGCCCUCAUUUCCCCCCUUGCACGCCCUCAUUUUCCCCCUUGCACGCCCUCAUUUUCGCCCUCUGCCCUGCCCUCAUUUCCCCCUUGCACGCCCUCACUUUCCCCCUUGCACGCCCUCAUUUUCCCCCUUGCACGCCCUCAUUUUCCCCCUUGCACGCCCUCAUUUUCGCCCUCUGCCCUGCCCUCAUUUCCCCCUUGCACGCCCUCACUUUCCCCCUUGCACGCGCUCGUUUUCCCCCUGCACGCCCUCAUUUCCCCCCUUGCACGCCCUCAUUUCCCCCCUUGCACGCCCUCAUUUUCCCCCUUGCACGCCCUCAUUUUCGCCCUCUGCCCUGCCCUCAUUUCCCCCUUGCACGCCCUCACUUUCCCCCUUGCACGCCCUCAUUUUCCCCCUUGCACGCCCUCAUUUUCCCCCUUGCACGCCCUCAUUUUCCCCCUUGCACGCCCUCAUUUUCGCCCUCUGCCCUGCCCUCAUUUCCCCCUUGCACGCCCUCACUUCCCCCCUUGCACGCCCUCAUUUUUCCCCUUGCACGCCCUCACUUCUCCCUCCCUUCUCUCUCUCCCUUCCCUCUCCCUUCUCUCCAGCUCCCCCCUUCUCUCCCUUCCCUCCCUACCCUCCCUACCCUCCCUUCCCUCCCUUCUCUCCCUUCUCUCCCUCCCCUCCCUUCUCUCUCUUCCCUCCCUUCCCUCUCUUCCCUCCCUUCCCUCUCUCUUCUCUCUAUUCCCCCCCUUCUAUCCCUUCCCUCCCUUUCCUCCCUACCCUCACUUCCCUCCCUUCCCUCACUUCCCUCCUUUCCCUCCCUUCUCACCAUUUCCUCCCUUCCCUCCCUUCCCUCCAUUCCCUCCGCCCCUCCCCUCCAUUCCCUCCACCCCUCCCCUUUUCGCUCUUCCUCACCCUUCCCCGUCCCGCCCACUUUCUCUAACCAGCCAGGUCUCUGACUGGGGCAGCAGUGAUCUGAGUCUGUGGGAAGGAGGGUCAGUUCGUGCGCACGAGUGCGGAGCACGUCAAUUUCAACACGCGUGUGGCGUUCUGCAGCAGAGGCGCUGUGGAGUGGCGGGGGAUCCACCUUGCGCUGCUGGGGUCGCUGCUGCUCUGUUUUUCUGCUCUCAUGUUCACACUACUGCCGUCCUCCCGCCACACCUGACACCAGUGAUGUUCUUGCGGGGUCAUGCGCGUCGUCAACAGGGGCCGCUAGGUUUUAGGGUUGGUGUUGAGGAUGGGGAGGAUGAAGAAGAGGAUAAGGAGAGGCGAUCAUCUCCCAUCCCAUAA